UGCUGGGGACACCGACUCGGCCUCAUGGCCGCGCCCCUAUCAGCCCGGGGCCGAUGCCCGGCCUUUGCCCUGGGCUUGCUGCUGCUGCUGCUCCUCACGGGGACCCCCACCGGGGUCGCCGCUGCGGUCCGCGGACACCCUAAGAGCCAGGGGAUCUCCCUGAGUAGCAACUGGGCUUGUGGCCGGCGUGGUGCGGAGGGGCGGGUGCUGGGCGGCGUCUCGGCCCCCGAGGGGAAGUGGCCGUGGCAGGUCAGCGUGCACUAUGCGGGGUUCCACGUCUGCGGCGGCUCCAUCCUCAACGAGUACUGGGUGCUGUCGGCCGCGCACUGCUUCGACCGGGACAAGAACGUUAAGGCUUACGACGUGUACGUGGGCCUCAAGAACCUCAAGGUAGCCGGCAACGACACCCAGUGGUUCGAGGUGAACCAGGUGAUCCUGCACCCCACGUACCAAGUGAACCACCCCAUCGGAGGCGACGUGGCCCUGGUGCAGCUGAAGUCCCGCAUUGUGUUCUCUGAGUCCGUGCUCCCCAUCUGCCUCCCGCCUCCAGAAGUGAACCUCACCGGCGGCGUUAAGUGCUGGGCCACCGGGUGGGGGUUGGUCUCACAGCGAGGUGCCACCUCUGACGAGCUGCAGGAGGCCCAGCUCCCUCUGAUCCCCGUGCCCUUGUGCCAGAUCCUCUAUGGACACAGGUCCUACGUCCUGCCGAACAUGCUGUGUGCUGGGGACAUCUGGAACAGGAAGACUGUAUGUGAGGUGCGCCCCGCCAGACGGGGUGACUCUGGGGGCCCACUGGUCUGUGAGUUCAACCGCAGCUGGCUGCAGAUUGGAAUUGUGAGCUGGGGCCGCGGCUGCGCCUACCCUUUGUUCCCUGGAGUGUAUGCCCGAGUGCCCUAUUUUGCCAGCUGGAUAUAUCACAACAUCAAGACGACACCCCUUCCUGUUGAGCCCAUGCCCUCCCUCUGCCCCGCGCUGGGGGCCACCCUUACUGUCCUUGUGGCCAUGCUGGCCGGCCCGCCAGUGUUGUGAGGGCCGGGACACCGCUUCCCGGCACCCCGGGGGCCGUGUGCUCUGUCCCCGCCCAGCUGCUGUCCCCGCACACCUGCACACGCCGCCUGCGUGGCCUGUCCAGGAGGGGCUGAGCUCCUGGGAGGGCGGAGGUGAUGCCCCGGGACAGGCAAGAAUUCGGGCUGUGGGGGCAGCUGAGCUCUGGCCAGAUCAUUAAACGUUUGCAAAGCA